CCUAGAACCACUUACAGCUCAACCCGCUUCCAUGACUGUGCUGCUGUACCCUUGAGAAGCCGAUUCUUUCCAGCUCCCCGUCAUGUCUCUUUUCGUUGGAACACAAUGCAGGGCAUUCGGCUCAAUCACACGGCGAGUCGCGAGGGGCCGAGGUCUGAAUGCUGUGCGAAAAUUCCCGGUCACACAGCGGACAACUCGAUCUUAUGCCACAUCCCUGGAAACGGACUGGCGAGGCUUCGUUCUCGCGAAUAAUGGCUCUGGGAAGGAGAGCCGGACCCGGCUGUCAGUCUCAAUAAGCCCUCCGUAGUAGGCGACACUGACAGGACUCACUUAGGUCCAAGCUAUGGCUGCGUGACAACUGCCGCUGUGAUGAAUGUGUUAAUCAAGAUACAAUGCAAAGGAAUUUUGACACAUUCGAGGUGCGACCCCUUGUCGUGGCUCGAGCCGACGCGCAUGUGUUCUCACAUCACCAAGGUCCCGCAGAAUGUUGAGGCCAAGGAUAUCAAACAAAGCAGUGAGGGUGUCGAAGUCCUAUGGUCGGAUUCGCACAAGAGCUGGUACACUUGGGAUUGGCUUCUGUCAACCGUUCCCGGCAACGAGAAAUAUUCGAGGCUGUCACACGAAGCAGACAAGACGAUGUGGGACUGCAGCAUUGCACAGAGAGCCCCGGAAGUCUCCUUUGACGACGUGAUGGCUGGCAACAAUACCCGAGGCAUGGCCGACUUAACCUCCAAGAUUUACACGUAUGGGCUCUGCUUUGUCGCGGGCACGCCCAAGACACCAGAGGCGACCAACAGCCUGCUCGAGCGCAUCGGGCCAGUCCGCCACACGCACUACGGAGGGUUCUAUGACUUUGUUCCCGACCUUGCCAAGGCAGACACUGCGUAUACCAACCUGGCCCUCGCCGCUCACACCGACACGACGUACUUUACCGAGCCGGCAGGCCUACAAGCGUUCCAUAUGCUCUCACACACCCCGCCACCGAACAGUACCGGCGCGGAGGGCGCGCUGGGCGGCCAGUCGCUCCUCGUCGACGGAUUUAACGCGGCGCAGUUGCUGCGCAAAGAAUCACCCAACGAUUACGACGUAUUGCGCAGCGUCAACAUUCCCUGGCAUGCCAGCGGCAACGAGGGCGUCGCGAUCGCACCGGACAGGGCUUACCCGGUUCUCGAGGCUCGCGGCGAGGCGCUGCAGCGGGUGCGAUGGAACAACGACGAUCGAGGUGUUGUCCCGUUGACGGUCGAUGUGGACGAGUGGUACCGCGCCGCGCGGAAGUGGAACGAGAUUCUGAGAAGGAAGCAGAGCGAAUUCUGGUUCCAACUCGAGCCGGGUCGCGUGCUGAUCUUCGACAACUGGCGCGUUUUGCACGGUCGUAGUGCGUUUGAGGGACUAAGACGCAUCUGCGGUGGCUACAUCAACCGCGACGACUUCAUCUCUCGGUGGAAGACGUCCAACUUCCCCAGCCAAGAGGUCAUCGGCUCCAACAUGCAGCUCAAAUAGAUCACUGACGUGUUGACUGAACAACCCAAUGAAUAGACAUACGUACCUACAAAGCGUCGGCUCCCCCUCCUCGCUUGGGAGCACAGCACUCCACUGGGAGCUUGUCUCCCGGGGGGGUGGUGGUGGAGGCAUCGGGCUGAGGAUCGGUGUCCGAGUCAGGGCACGGAAAGCCAUU